AUGCGAGCGCCGGCGAGCUCGAGCGCCGCCGCCGCCGGCGGCGGCGGCGGCGGCGGCAAACGCCCGCCGACGUCGGUGACGUGCGUCGCGUGCGGGCACGACCGCCACCCGAGAAGCGCGACCUGCCGCGACGCGCGAUGCGAUUGCGCGUGCCGCGACGUCGCGGGAAACGUCGGCGCGAAGAAGCGCCGCAGACAGAUCGCCGUCGCGAACGCGGACGGGGAGUGGCGCGCGGCGACGCACCGCAAGGUAAUCGCCCACGCGAAGCGCGCGGCGGAGACGAUGCGGAAGUGCGCGGCGACGUACUGCGUCCUGAGCGCGCGACGCGGGCCGAACGGCGAGGUCAUCACGGACGUGUGGGGAUCGCACGACUGGGUCGAGCGCGAGCUCGCGGGAAAAUCAUCAAACGUCGUCGAGCUCGUGUGGCGCUCGAAGACCGCGGAGCAUCUCACGGAGGAAUCCGUCGCGGGGCUCUCGGAGUACGCCCCCGUGUUCGCCGCGCUGAAGCGGUUCGGGUUAACGCACCUGAGGGGAGCGUUUCUGAUGCACAACGUGGACGCGGCGGCGUUCGCGUCGCCGCGGCUGGACGACGACGCGCGCGCUUCGGCCACCAUGGUCGCUAGGAAGAGAGCGCAAGGCAGGACGCGCGUCGUUGAACCGAGCGCGAAGCAAAAGAAGUUCAAUGCCACGGUCCAGGACAUCCGCGACCGCUUCGAAGCGCGCGCGGAUCCGUCGUGCAAGCUCUCUCCGAAGGAAAAGUUCGACGCCGCGCAGCGCGACUUGGAGAAACUCGUCGACGCCAUCGGCGAGUUCCUCGGCCGCAAGCUGCACUUCAGGCGGAUUCUUCUUCCCGAGGACGCGGAGUGGAACGAGAGCGGCCUCAAGGAGGAGUUCAACGUCAUCAUCGGGCACUUCGAGACCGACGGGAUCGGACUCCGCGGGAACUUGCGAAAGCUCCGCGCCGACGGGAAGCGGCUCGUUUCCGACGUCUGGGACUGGUUUUUUGUUCACAUCGGUGACACGCCCGCGGCCGGUCGCGCUCGCGCGCCUUCGUUUCUCAUGACAAACAUGAUUCCCUGGCCAGGGCGUCACGACGCCGGCAAGAUCAUCUUGAAAGGCGUCGAGACGCGCGAGAGGAAGUUGAUCGAGGACUUGAUCGUCGAGGCGUUGAACGCCUGCGGGACGCCCGAACGCGCGGGGGGCUUCGGUCGGCCGGCACGCGAAUGGAUGGCGAAGCACUGCCCUGCGGAUAUGCCCGCGGAGCGCGCCCUGUGGCCCGAGCUGGACGGUGAUGUCCACACCAAGUCCGGUCACAUGUGCUUGGCGACGUCCAUCAGGUCGACGCAAUGGCUCACGGAGCGCUUCAUCCGAAGCAUGGCGGACUUGUUCGUGCACUUCGGCGGGCCGGAGGGCACCUUCGACACGCUCUUGGCGAAGUUCAUGGAGGACGGCCGCCUGCUCGAGAUCACGCCGGAGAUGGCGGCGUGGUUCUCCGAGAGGAUCAAGGAGGGGCAGCAGUACUGGAAGGUGACGGGCCAGUCGAAGAACGCGCCCGGGGUGGGGACGCGCGGACUGAAGAAGAGAAAGAAGGCGGCGUCGAAGGAGAAGAGGAUCGAGACGCUGAGCAAGAAGACCGCCGCGGAGAAGGCGGCGUCGAAGGAGAAGAUGCUCGCGACGGUGAGCAAGAAGACCGCCCCGGAGAAGGCGGCGUCGAAGGAGAAGUUUAUCGAGACGCUGAGCAAGAAGACCGACGCGGAGAAGGCGGCGACGGAGGAGAAGAGGCUCGCGUCGCUGAGCAAGAAGACCGACGCGGAGAAGGCGGCGUCGGAGAAGAAGAGGCUCGCGUCGCGGAGCAAGAACCUGAGCAAGAAGACCGACGCGGAGAAGGCGGCGUCGAAGAAGAAGAUGCUCGCGACGCUGAGCAAGACGCUGAGCAAGAAGACCGACGCGGAGAAGGCGGCGACGGAGAAGAAGAGGCUCGCGUCGCUGAGCAAGACGCUGAGCAAGAAGACCGUGGCGGAGAAGGCGGAGACGAAGAAGAAGAUGCUCGCGACGCUGAGCAAGACGCUGAGCAAGAAGACCGUGGCGGAGAAGGCGGAGACGCAGAAGAAGAGGUCCGAGACGCUGAGCAAGAAGAAGAAGACGCCGUAGGAGAAGGCGGAGACGACGAAGAGGAGGCGCGCGGGGUCCGAGAAGAGGAAGUAGUCCCCCAACAACCGCAUCAUGCGCUUAGGGGAGGGGGAGAUGAAUGCCGUACUGUAUUAUUACAUUUAAACGCGCUCGUUC